GUGUUUCAAUGGCAGAAGAGUGCGGCGCCCCUGUAAGUUGCGCGGAUUUACCCGUUAAGAGGCCCCGAGAAGAAGAAGAAGAAGAAGAAAAUGGAGCCUCUUCUGUUGCCAUGGAAAUGGAAGGCGAUACCAAUAAUGGGAUUUCCUCUGUUAUCCCUGGAUGGUUCUCUGAGAUCAGCCCAAUGUGGCCUGGAGAGGCACAUUCCUUGAAGGUUGAAAAGGUCUUAUUUCAAGGGAAAUCUGAUUACCAGAACGUUAUGAUCUUUCAGUCAUCCACAUACGGCAAGGUUCUUGUUUUGGAUGGUGUGAUUCAGCUCACAGAGAGAGAUGAAUGUGCAUAUCAAGAAAUGAUCACUCACCUUCCGCUUUGCUCCAUUCCAAACCCUAAGAAGGUUUUGGUUAUUGGCGGCGGUGAUGGUGGAGUUCUCAGGGAAGUUGCUCGUCAUUCUUCUGUUGAGCAGAUUGACAUCUGUGAAAUUGACAAAAUGGUCGUUGAUGUUUCUAAACAAUUUUUCCCUGAUGUAGCCGUUGGGUAUGAUGACCCCCGUGUGAAACUUCAUAUUGGUGAUGGAGUUGCAUUUUUGAAAGCUGUUCCAGAAGGUACUUAUGAUGCAAUUAUAGUGGACUCUUCUGACCCUAUAGGUCCUGCACAAGAGCUCUUUGAGAAGCCCUUCUUUGCAUCUGUGGCAAGUGCACUUCGUCCAGGUGGUGUAGUCUGUACUCAGGCAGAAAGUAUUUGGCUUCAUAUGCACAUAAUCGAGGAUAUUGUAACAAACUGUCGCCAAAUCUUCAAAGGCUCAGUUAACUAUGCAUGGACUACUGUUCCUACAUACCCAAGUGGGGUGAUUGGUUUCAUGCUUUGCUCAACUGAGGGACCUCCUGUUGACUUCAAGCAUCCAUUGACUCCUAUAGACAUAGAUGAUAUCUGCUGCAAAUCAAAACGACCUCUAAAGUUUUACAACUCCGAGAUUCAUUCGGCUGCUUUUUGUUUACCAUCCUUUGCCAAGAAGGUGAUCGAAUCAAAACCUUAGGGAUGAAAAUUUUGAAGUAAUAUCAACAAAAUGUUAGUUAUUGUGAAGGGUUAGUUUUCAUCCUUCGCUUGAUGACCUAAUGUAGCAAUGAACCUUGGAUUUGCACGUUUAGGUUACUCACUUGUUUUGUCUCACUUUGGAAGAGAAUUUGUGGUAUUGAUUGUGGAAGGAUACUCUUAUAUGAGUCUACAAAUUCCACAAUGGAUUUAUAGUCAUUUAGAUGAGACAUAAAUGGUUGUUUCUUUGGAAUCAUUUAUCAUAUUCACAUCUUUGUGUUGUUAGCAUGAUAUAUUCCGUGGAUGUUUGAGAUC